GUCAUCAAAAUGUUGGGAUUAAAGUUAGUUUUGAUUUUAUUGUUCUGUUGGGAACCUUUAAAUGCACUUGAGAGUGAUCCGGAACUAACGUCAACAUACUAUCAAGGCGACAUCCUGAAUCGUGGUGCCAAGCGGCGAAAUGGGAUCGGCAAUGAGAUUUUUCGCUGGCCAAAUGCCACAGUCCGCUAUUUUAUCCAGCCCAAUGUUUUUGACAAAGCUCAGCUGGCUCAUAUCUCCGAAGCGAUGGCCACUAUUAUGAACAAUUCGUGUAUCACUUACGUGAUAGCCAAGGAAGAGGAGCUACCAUUGGCCCUUAAUAUUACUGGACUGAAUGAUGGCUGCAAUACUGAGGUUCUGGGCUACAGAAAGAAUGCGCCAAAUAGAAUUAAUUUACAACCCCAUCAGAUUGGCAAGGGUUGCUUCCGCAUCGGUUCCAUAAUGCAUGAGCUCCUUCACUCCCUGGGCUUUGAGCAUCAGCAUGUGUCGCAAAAUCGAGAUGAGUAUGUUCGCAUCGAGUGGGAAAAUAUUGACAAAAAUCAGUUUACCAACUUUAUAAAUGAGGACGACACGACCCACUGGCAUAACUUUGGUGAAGCCUAUGACUACAACAGCGUUAUGCACUAUUUACCGAUGGCAUUUAGCAAAAACGGCCAGCCGACAAUAGUUGCCCUGAAAAAAGGCAAUUACGAUAUGGGUCAGCGCAUAAAAAUGACUAAAUCGGAUAUUCGCAAGCUUAACAAAAUGUACAAGUGUCACGGCUAUGUCUAAUCUAAUUUUGACAUGGUCUAUAGAUUGUCAGCAAAGAGAUCUAGUUAAAAGUUUCAUAGAAAGAUCUAUUGAGAAGAAAAUAAAACUAAACCCUGUGAGUUCUCUGGAUCAGUGAGCAUAGAA